AUGGUGUACUCCCCUCCACAUCCUGUCCAUAUGCUAAGGCGAUUGCAUGAAUAUUCACCUCCCCAAAGUUGCUAUUAUCCACAGAAAAGGGAGAAAACAGCUGUUGUUAGUAUCAGCCUUGAGCCAGAUGCUGGAGUAAAAGAUAGCAAAGGGUGUUUUGAACUUAUAUUGUUGCUGGUGAUAGAAGUCACAAACCAGCUCAUUAUAGAACAGACUUGUUUAAAGUGUGCAGAUCUUCUCUACAUGCCAUUCUUGCAAGAGCAACAUGGAGUGAAUCAAACCAUGAUCACAGAAUUUAUUCUCCUAGGGUUUGGGGGUAAUCAGGAAGUGCAAAUUGUUCUUCUGUUGCUGUUUUUGGUGAUCUACAUUGUAACCGUCAGUAAGAACCUCCUCAUCAUUCUGCUUGUUGUGUCUGACCAGCACCUUCACACACCCAUGUAUUACUUCCUAGGAAACCUCUCUUGCUUGGAGACCUUCUAUAGCUCAACCAUACUGCCCAGGAUGCUGUAUAGUCUCUUGACAGGAGACAGGUCUAUUUCAUUUGUGGGCUGUGUCACACAGUUUUAUAUUUUUGACAUACUUGUUACUACAGAGUGUUUUCUCCUAGCUGCAAUGUCCUUUGAUCGCUACUUAGCCAUAUGCAAGCCACUGCGCUAUGCUACCCAAAUGACAGACAGAUUAUGUGUCAAACUGGCUGCUGGUUCCUGGGUGAGUGGGAGUUUAGCUGCCACCAUAACCACAUCUUUCAUGUCCCAGUUAUUCUUUUGCAACGCUAAUGAGAUUGACCACUUCUUUUGUGACCUUGGCCCAGUGAUUGAUCUGUCCUGCAGCAAUACACAAAUCAUAGAUAUCUCAGUUUUCAUUGUGUCAUCUCUAUGUUCCUUUCCAGCUUUCCUGUUGACCUUGGCAUCCUAUGUUUGCAUCAUCACCUCCAUCUUGAGGAUCUCAUCCACUACUGGAAGACAGAAGGUUUUCUCUACCUGCUCCUCUCACCUCAUAAUGGUGACUGUUUUCUAUGGGACACUCAUUAUAGUCUACAUUUUACCCAAGACAAACAUCCUGAGAGACCUAAACAAACUUUUUUCUCUCCUGUACACAAUAUUGACUCCCCUUCUCAAUCCUCUCAUAUAUAGCCUAAGAAACAAUGAUGUUAAGGAGGCAUUGAAAAAAGGCACCAGAAAGCUUGCAAUUUCAAGAGAGAUAUAA